AAUGUAAGUAUUAAACACACAAUUCUUCCCAUCUCUACCUUCUUCAAAAUUUCAAGCAAAUAACAAGAAUGGCAAACCAUCUUCAAGAGCCCUUAACCACUUACUGUAUACAGCGUGACGAAGAAAUGAUGACCAUGCAAGCGUUGAAGAUCGCUACCAGUUUGGCUUUCCCCAUGGUUUUCAAAGCUGCGUUGGAGCUUGGCGUCUUCGACACGAUUGCUGCCAUGGGCAAUGGUGCAUGGCUCUCAUCUUCGGAGAUAGCUUCUGGUCUCCAAACCAAGCCCACCAACCCAGAGGCGCCUAUGUUACUAGACCGGAUGUUACAGUUACUUGUCAGCUAUUCGAUCUUGAAAUGUCGUACAGUCGAAACUGGAGAAAACGAUCUAACCGGGAAGACCCGAAGGAUAUAUGCAGCUGAACCGGUUUGCACGCUUUUUUUAACCCGUGGUGACGACUCGGGUACUCUCAAGUCCCUCUUCAUGUUGCUCAAUAGCCAAGUAUUUUUCAAGACAUGGGAUAAUCUGAAGGGUGUGAUACAAGAAGGAAAAGAUGCGUUUAGUUCAGCUCAUGGCUUGCCAUUAUUCGAAUACAUCGGUUUGGAUGAGCAAUUAGCUGGUAUGGUUAACCAUGCAAUGGCAGAAUCUUCUACCAUCAUUAUGAAGAAAAUUUUAGAAGUUUACAGAGGAUUCGAAGAUGUAAAUACUUUGGUGGAUAUUGGAGGAGGACUUGGCACCGUACUAAACCUUGUCACUUCCAAGUAUCCUCAAAUUAAGGGUAUCAAUUUCGAUUUAACCAUGGUUUUAGCCAAUGCUCCUUCUUAUCCAGGAGUGGAGCAUGUACCCGGAGAUAUGUUUAUAGAAGUUCCAAAAGGAGAUGCUAUCCUCAUGAAACGGGUAUUACAUGACUGGACAGACCAAGACUGUGUAAAGAUUCUAAAGAACUGUUGGAAGAGUCUUCCAGAAAAAGGAAAAGUAAUAAUAGUAGACAUCGUUACACCAAUAGAACCAAAGUAUGGCGACGUUUUCUCGAACGUUGUUUUCAGCAUGGAUAUGUUGAUGUUAACACAAUGUUCGGGUGGUAAAGAGAGGUCUCUCUCUCAGUUUGAAGCUUUAGCUUCAGCGUCAGGUUUUCUUACGUGUGAAAUCAUUUGUCUUGCUUAUGCAUUUUCUGUUAUCGAAAUGCAUAAAUAGAUUCAAAGUUACGAAGAUAAUGGGGGUUCUGUGUUUGGAGAUUAUGAACUUAAAUCAAGUCUCCGUUGAUUGUUUGUAAUAAGGAUUUGCUGCAUCGAUUGUUUGUUUUUCAUUCAA